UAACCAACCAACUACUAUUAUUUUUCUUGUUAAAUCCGAAAAUCUUGGCAUAUUAAAUACGAAUUCCAGACGGGUUUACCGAACCUAAACAUUGACAAAAGGCUUUUUGUUUUGGUACGACCUUCGAUUUUUCCACAGCUUUUGAUUUUCUUGAUUGCUGCAGAGUUGGGUUCCUUCGCUCUUCCUUAUACUAGUACUACUAUUUAGCAACUUUUGAUAUUUAUAGGAAUUAAAAGGUCAUGGCUGCUGUGGGAGAUUUUGCAGUCAAGUUUGGUGGGAUGAUCAAGAAAGAGGGGGCUUUUGCUUUCAAGAAUGGUAUAUUUGGUGUCCCAAUUAAGAGGAAUGAUGUGUGUGCACUUAAUUUAAGGAAGCUGAGAGCUGGUGAGUACUCUAGAAUUGGUGGAGUUCAGGCUGUGAUGCACGUAGGAGUUGAGAAUGAUGCAGGGGUUUCUCCAGAUUCGAAGAGUUUGGAAGGGGCUCUGGGGUUUGAUGUGGUUACAGAAGUGGAAUUGAGGGAGAAGGGGUUCUUGGGGCUGAGGAAGACGAAGCUCGUGUGCACGAUAGGGCCGGCGUGCUGCUCUCUCGAUGAUCUGGAGAAGCUGGCUAUGGGAGGGAUGAAUGUGGCUAGGCUCAACAUGUGCCACAACACUAGGGAGUGGCAUCAGGAUUUGAUUAGGAAGAUUAAGAAGUUGAAUGAAGAAAAGGGGUUUUGUGUGUCUCUGAUGAUUGACACUGAGGGUAGUCAGAUUCAAGUGGUUGAUCAUGGUGCUCCUUCCACUGUUAAAGCAGAGGAAGGCUCAGUUUGGUUCUUUACCAAUGAAAAGUUUGAGGGUUCUCGUCCCUUUACGAUUCAAGCAAAUUAUGAAGGUUUUGCUGAAGGUAUACAAGUGGGCGAUGAAAUCGUAUUUGAUGGAGGAAUGGCAACCUUCAAAGUGGUGGAAAAGGUUGGGAAUGAUCUGCGUUGUCAGUGCACAGACCCUGGCCUGCUCUUGCCACGAGCUAAACUAAGUUUUUGGAGAGAUGGGAAGCUUGUUGAAAAAAAUUAUCAGCUUCCUACUCUGUCACCUAAGGAUUGGUCCGAUAUAGAUUUUGGGAUUUCUGAGGGUGUUGAUUUUAUUGCUAUGUCAUUUGUGAAUGGCGCUGAUGCUGUCACGCAUCUGAAGAACUAUAUUUCCACCAAAUCCUCCAAAUCGAUACAAGUAUUGGCGAAGAUAGAGAGUUUGGAGGCUCUUCAUAAAUUGCAUGAGAUCGUUGCAGCUUCUGAUGGAAUCAUGAUAGCAAGAGGAGACCUUGGUGUCGAAAUCCCACUAGAACAAAUUCCAACAGUACAGGAGGAAAUCACCUACGUAUGCAGGCAGCUUAACAAGCCAGUAUUGGUAGCUUCUCAGCUUUUGGAGUCGAUGGUCGAAUAUCCCACCCCAACAAGAGCUGAGGUUGCUGAUGUUUCAGAGGCCGUUCGCCAAUAUGCUGAUGCACUGAUGCUCUCUGGAGAGUCGGCUAUUGGACCAUUCGGACAGAAAGCUCUCUCUGUGCUGCGGAUGACCAGUAGCCGGAUGGAACUGUGGAGUCGUGAAGAGAACAGGCAAGACGUUCUGUUACAGCAUAAUCUUGAAGCAUCUUUGCCAGACCGAAUUGCUGAGCAAAUCUGUAAUUCUGCUGCAGCAAUGGCAAACAACUUAGGGCUUGAGGCUAUCUUCGUGUACACAAGGCACGGGCAGAUGGCAUCAGUGAUCUCACGCAACCGUCCAAAUCCUCCCAUAUUCGCAUUCACAAAUGACAGCAGCACGAGGAUGGCCCUCAACCUACGUUGGGGAGUCACUCCUCUUCUUGUCGAUCUAUCAGAUGAUAUUGAAGCUAACAUCACCAGAUCUGUCCAUCUUCUGAAGACCAAAGGGCUGAUAAAGAAUGGCGAUACGGUGCUAGUCGUAUCCGACAUCAUCCCGACCUCCACGGCACAGACUGUGUUUCAGUCCAUUCAGUCCAAAAUCGCCUGCUUCUACGCGGAUUUCAGUUUGCAGAAAAGGAGAAUUAGACUUCGGAAUUCCGGAAUCCAAAAUAAUUACAGGAGAUUUAGGGUUACUUGUAAAGUAGAAGAUGGUGGUAAACAAAGUAACGGUGAAGAACCUCCUGAGUCUUUAUUUAUGAAGGAACUAAGACGAAGAGGGAUGACUCCCACUUCUUUGCUUGAGGAAAAGAAUAAAGAUGCUGUGAGAGAGGAGAUCAAGUUUAGGGAAGAAGAUGGGGGUUGGGGUUACUCAAGAAGAAAUGGCAUCACAACAGGUGCAGAAACAAACCUGACCGGUCAAAGGGAAAAGUCCAUGGCACUUAAUAGUGAAGGUCUUGAGGGUUUGAUCCCACGUGGAAAACUUCUUCUUACCUUAGGAGGAACAUUUUUUCUUGCGUUUUGGCCAUUGAUUCUUGUAACUGUUGCACUUUUCCUUGUGCUGUACCUGUACUUUGGAGCAGAAUUUGUUCACGAUGGACGUGAUAAUCCAGUAUCUCCGCCCCCAUAUGUUGAUCCUUAUGAAUUACUUGAAGAAGAGAGGAUGUAUAAGACUGCUCCCCCUCUUAAUUGAAGGACUACGAGCUUCGUGUAUAGCAGCAUUUCCACUUCAUCAAAGAUUGGGUUUCUGUAAAUCUCCCAUGCAUGUCAAUCACCUUAUAACUUAAAUGUGUAAAAGCAUUACUCUCUUGUGUCGGACUUAAUAUAAAAUGUUAUUCUGCUAA